AUGAAAGAAGAAGUUGGCAUAUCUUUUGUCGUGAUACAUAAAGACGUAGUGCUAGGAGAAAGUAUUCCUCUUUUUAUCGAUCCGGGUUUCAAGGAACCGCCGCAAGUUUACGAUGUCAAUUACGCCGUUGAACUUUCAUUUAUAGUUGAUGAUCGCAAUAGCAUGAAUUCAGUCGUAUCGACGCCGAUCUUAAUAAAGGUAAUGUACGAGACUCCAUAUCAGCGCUCAACCAAUUCUGUCAAGUCACAUGCGGAUUUAAGAGGAAAGACAAUAAUAACUACUCCGAAAGAGACGUCAACAUCGUCAAAUGUAAUUGGUUUCUGCAAUCUUGAUGUGAUGCCGAUAUUAUUAGGUGAAAAAUCGCUCACUGAAAGAUUAAUAGUGCAAACAGCGCAUUUCUCGCUCGAUAGUAAUGCGGUCUCAUGGCAAAAUCUUCCUAUAAUUAAUGCAGCAAUGAUGUAUGAUGGUGAAGAGAUAUUUCCUUCGGAAGCAAAAAUUAAUUUCUUGAGUAUAACAAUAGAAAGUAUUUACAAUCCACCAGUCUUCUUCACUGAAGAUACAGAAUAUAAAGCGAGCACGAUAGUAUAUAUUGACCAUGAGAUCCCAGAAAAUAUAAUAUUCGAAAGCGGUAAAUGGACAAAGUAUCGCGAUGUGGAAAGAACCAAACAAUGGCAGAGCUUGUCGAAAUUACAGAGUCGUGCCAGAUUGUCGAAGUGGAAACUUAGUCGCGAUUAUGCAAAUAUAAAAAAUAUGCUCGACACGAAACUGGACUUACAGAAGAAAGUAUGCCAGGACGAGCCUAGAAUCGAGUGGAAUUUUAUGAAUCGUAGCAUAAUGUAUGAUGUAGGAAUUGAAACAAUGCAGAAGCAUAUUGUCAAAUAUAAGUAUUGGCCAUUUCAAUUUAUGAUGGCCGAGAAAAGUAUGGAGAAGAAUAAUAUUGGAUCAAAGGAAGAGAGAUCGAUUAAACUUUAUCAGUGUUACGUUGACUUAUCAGAACUUCUUUUUCCAGGAACAAAAAGUACUCGCGUAAUGACGCAGUUGUACACAUACAAUACGUCCGAUAUGAUUGAAAAGACUGGUUUAGAAACAAAUAUUUUAGAGUCUUGGAAUAAAGAAUCAGAACAAUCGAUUCAGUCGGAUGUGGAAAUUUCGCAAAAUACUCCGUUAAUUUUGGAAACCGGUGAACCGGUUUUCGUUAUAAUCGAAGUCAAACUUUAUUAUCCACUUAUUCCUUGUAGACUCGAAUCUGAUUUCUCAAACAUAAUCGAGGAAAUGAUGAAGCCGAAGGUAACAAAACCGUAUUAUGUUUAUUCCGGCGAUAUGGCGGAAGAACAAUAUGCAACUUGCAUUCGAAAAUUAGUGGAGAUCAUUACAGAGAGUUAUAGAGAUUUUUGCGAAGAGAAAAAGCAAGAAAAAUUGUCUGAUUCGAAAAGACAAGAAAAUGACUCGAAUAAUUUUGAAACGACAGAUAAAAUGAAAUAUUGCUUCGUUCCUGAAGAAGAUGAGUUAACUUGCUUCACGCAAUAUCUAUUUAAAACUGGUACUUACUUGAGUAUACGCAGCACUUUGAAAGCGAAAGUGAUUUCCAUGUUAGAUCAGAAAUUCAAAACGAGUAUGAACACAGUACAUUCGACCGAUAGUCAGAAUUUUGUGGCAUCCGUAUACACGUAUCUUGUUGAACGAAUGCAUGUGGCUAUUAACAAGAUCGUCGAAAGUCGUCUCGUGGACGAAGAAUCGCCAAAAAUUGUGAUAUCUGAAAAAUUAUACUUUUACGCCGAAGAAGCUUACGAGUUGGGUCACGUUGACGAUGCAAGACGACAUCAUUUGACUGCGAUUGAGGCGAAUAGAAACGAGCCCAGAGCAUGGACAAAAUACGCGAUAUUUCUCUUAAAAAUUGGCGACACGGAACGCGCAAAGGAAUGCUGUCGUGAAGCAAUUCUCUUGAAUAAACGCGAUAAAAUUGCUUUGUUGAUGUACGGAUUAAUUCUCGCCAAAGAUCAAAACUAUCGAGAAGCCGAAAUCUUUCUGAAAACCGUUACCGAUAUUUAUCCGCGAUUCAUCGAAGGCUGGGUUAUCCUACAUUUGCUUUACAUUCGCAUGGGUUAUCAUCCAGGAAUAGAUCUCACUUUACGAAUAGCGGAAAAAUGCAUGAAAGAUGAUGAUUUAGAAAUAGAAAUCUCGGAUGAAGAUCCUCUUACUUGGACAACGAUCCACUGUCCGCGAGAUAACUUGUAUAUGAUAACGAUCAUGCUUCUGAUGAAGUUACAUUCUUGCGAUUUUGCUAGCAUAGCCCUCAUGGAAGAAAUAUCUCGCUCAGAUAAAUCCAUCUAUGGACUAUAUUAUCUGGCUGUGCAACAUUAUUUGUUAAAUCAAUACGAGGAUGCUUUGUCGCGUUUAAGAGAAGCUGAAUCUAUCUAUGGACUGAAUGACUCGAUAAGCGCUUUAAUGGGGCACUGUUACUUUCAAAAGAGCGAUUUUGUAGAAGCCAUUCGUUGCUACGAAUUUUCUAACAUGAUGUAUAAUCAACCGUACAAUUUGCAUCUCGUACAAACGAGAAUGGGACUGUAUUACGAAGAUACUGCUGAUUACAUGCGCGCGUUAAAAAGUUUCCUUAACGCAUGUGAAAUUUUGCCAACGGCAGAAACAUGGCUUGGUGUGGGAAUUGCUUAUUAUGAGUUGCAGCAAUUUACGGAAGCCGAGGCAGCUUUAUCGGAGGCGAAUCAGAUUGAUAAUCGUAACGCGACUGUUUGGAGGUACUUGUGCCUAUUAAACAUGUCCCUGGAACGUUACGACGAAUUUGCUCAGUGUCGAAGACAAAUCGCUCAGGACGAUACGACUUUCUCUUUAGAAAAACGGUCCCUCAAACCGCGAAAUGGAAAACCGGUCAUGCUCUAAAUACAACCUCGUAAAGACAUAUAAGCUUCCUCUCUUUAAUUCGAAGAAUCAGUCAGCUGUUCUAUGACGAUCGUGAUGAGAUUAUUGUGUACUCUUGUUAUACUCAGUCUGCUUCAAAUAGCGAUGUUUACUGCGAUGGUUGAUUGUGAUGAAUCAAGAGGAAUUAUACGGCAUGAGAUUGAAAAAGAAGAUAACGACCGACAACGAGUAAAAAUAAAAGUUUUCCGUGGUCCUAUGCAAGAAAAAAAUGGUGAUUCCUUCGCUCCAUGGGGAUACUGGAUU